UCACUUGUCUCUGCAGCCCCAUCCUCAGCACAGCACCAGCCUCAAGGCACACGAGGUCACCGCUAAAGCAUCACAGCAAAACAGGGGCUCAGUCCCACCCUGGUGAAGAUUAGGCCUGCACGGUGGAGGCCAGUUAGGGGCAGGAUAAAUUAGGGGGUCUCAGUGCAGCCUGUGCUCUUUCCUCCCUUCCCUAGGGAGCUGCACAGCUGCCUGUCCCAGGCAGGGCCCGGCCUCCUGGAGCUGCCAGCUAAGCGUGGCCAGCAGCGAUGCAGCCCCUGGGGUGCUUGCAGAGCCUGGUGCUGGAGCUGGAAGAUGGACGAGCAUGGGGAGCCCACAGCAGCGGGGAUCUGCUGCAUGGGCGGGUGCAGCUGCGGCUCCGCCACGCACUGCGGCUGCGGGCGCUCGAGGUGUUCGCCCGUGGCCGAGCCUUAACGCACUGGUUCGAGAGCCGCAGCGUGGGGCUCAACGUUGUCUACCGUGACUACACAGCCUGCCAGACCUUCCUGCACCGCCGCUGCCAGCUCAUCCCCGACAAUGGUGAAGCCACCGUCCUGCAGGCAGGAAGGCACGAGUUUCCCUUCACCUUCCAGCUCCCCGAGACCCUGGCUACCUCCUUCGAGGGGAAGCACGGCAGCGUGCGCUACUGGGUGAAAGCCAAGCUGCACAGACCCUGGUCAACAGUGAAGAAGGUGAAGAAGGAGUUCACUGUGAUUGAACCCAUCGACAUCAACACUCCCGUGCUGCUGGCUCCCCAGGCAGGUGCUAAGGAGAAACUUGCUCGUGCCUGGUACUGCAAUCGUGGCCAGGUUUCUGUGACUGCCAAGAUUGACCGCAAAGGCUACACCCCAGGUGAGGUCAUCCCUAUCUUUGCUGAGAUUGACAACUGCACAAACCGGGUGGUGGUGCCCAAGGCGGCCAUCAUCCAGACUCAGACCUUCAUCGCCCGGGGCACCAAGAAGCAGAAGAAGUCGGUGGUGACCAGCAUCGUCGGGGACUCCAUUGCAGCGGGGAAGCGGGAAGUCUGGCACGGGCGGGCACUGAAGAUCCCACCGGUGGGGCCGUCCAUCCUCCAGUGCCGCAUCAUCCAGGUGGAAUACUCCCUGAAGGUUUGUGUGGAUAUUCCUGGGACGUCCAAGCUGCUCCUUGAGCUGCCACUUGUCAUCGGAACCAUCCCACUGCAUCCAUUUGGGAGCCGCACGUCCAGUGUCAGCAGCCAGUACAGCGUCAGCCUGGACUGGCUGAGCACCAUCCCGGAGCAGCCGGAGGCUCCUCCCGAAUACUCGGCAGUGGUGUCCAGCCCCGAGGCCGAGCAGAGCUUGGCUCCCCCGUGCCGCAGUGAGCUUGGUGGCAUGCUGGAAGGUCCCUUCUUUGCCUACAUCCAGGAGUUCCGCUUCCGACCACCUCCACUGUAUUCAGAGAUUGAUCCAAACCCCUCCUCAGACAACAUCCGCCCGCGCUGCAUGACCUGUUGAGAGAAGCGCAUCGGAUGCAGUUGACAGCGUAGUGAUCCCUUGGGAUGAAAGCUUCCACCCUCACAGCACUUGGGUCUGGAAAUGGAGACACGGUGGCUGUGAGCCCAGAGCUCCUGCAGUGCCAGGAGACCCCGGCUCCACUGCUGCCCUCAACUCUCUUGUUGGGACUGUCCUGCAGACCAACACCAAGCGUGGUGGCGUGGGCUCGUGCCUGGUAGGAGAACACGGGAGACUCCGGUGUGGAGCAGGGGCCUGUUUCCUUGGGCAGGACACGGAGGGUUAAUGACUGCCCCAGGAUUUGGGGGCUAAAAUGGGAUGUUCAGCAUGAGCCAGGAUUGCUCUCCCCUUGCCUGCAGUGGCCAUGCUCUGGCAACUCCUGUCAUGGAACGCAGGAGCUUGGAGGUGUUUCUCAGGAUCACUAGAGAAUGUUUUACUGGGGCUUGGGUUUGUCCCGUGCUGGUGCAGGUGAAGCCCCGCUCCUGCAGUAGCUCACCAGGACUGCAGUUCCCUAAGGAAGUAGAAGGCCUCUUUCUGGCCAAAUGAAGCAUCA